UUUAGAUCACUGAUGGGCCCGGACACGCGAGCGCUGCAGAGCGCUGCAGCGCCCAUGGCCUGCGCGCGCCGAGCGCCUGCACGAGGCGUUUAGUGUCCCUUGAGUCACUGCAAAUCAUCGCAUUCUUGACUGCCAUCCGUACGGACGAGCCUAUAAAGGCCAUACCGUGCACCGACGAGCCGCAGGUCUACAGCAAUCCGAAUCCUCAUCUCCGCGACAAUGGAAUACGUCCAUAGUAUCACAAACUACCUCGGCCUGACGCAUGAUAAUGAGGAAGAGGUGUCCAAAGUCCAGCCGGCUCGGGAGGAUAGCAUUGAAGCCAAGGAUGCCUACGGGCCUGAUGAGGACGAAGAUGAUCUUGGGUGGAAGUUGAGGGGUGGACCUACGAAGAACGCUGUCAGCGGUACCAGUCGUGGUGGUCGACCCAAGUGCCCCGACUUCAACAGGGGGAAGUGCGCGUCGCGAUGCCCGAAGGGACUUGACCACGUAUGCAACAGAUGCGCUGGUCCCCACCCAGCUGUCACCUGCAAGAGAUGAGCGCCGAGCGCUGAUCUCUUCGCGUAUCCUGUUAUCCAGUAUCCUGCUCACCCAUUACCCUCGUCUAUCUCACGCAAACAUGCCCCCUCCAUCUAUUUACUUGGCCAUGCGCUCGGACGCCUUCUCACAAUCCUCUCCCCUUCUCAUCCUAUUACCCAACGUGUUUCCCCCGUCCCUAAAGUAGGAACCUGUUCAACGAUAAUUUCACAUACUCUCUCAGAAUUUUGUUGUCAUGUAUACUAUAUACGCUUCUUUGUUACCUGUCCGAGAUGGAAGAGCGUUGUGCAAGUGCA